UAAAUAUCGAAGUAUAUAAGACCGGAAAGGGUAGAAUGCAUUGGACAUGGUUUGAGCGAUGUCGACAAGCGAGCGCAACAUGACGACCACAUUACUUCCGACGAGACCGCUUCGCAUUGCCUUGGUCGGCCUCUCAUCCUCACCGACAGGCUACGGAUGGCUCAACCACUUCCACCUGCCCGCGAUCCAGAAGCGUCCCGGCGACUUCGAGAUUGUUGCGGUCCUCGGCUCUUCGCUUGGAAACGCUCAAAAGGCCAUCACGAAGCACAGCCUCCCCUCCACGGUCCGCGCGUAUGGCUCGCCCGAAGAUUUGCCUCGAGACGACGAGGUCGAAUUCUUGGUCGUCGGCGUCAAAGCGCCGCUGCACAGAGCCGUGCUCAUGCCAUCACUCCUUUCGAACAGACUGAAGGGCGUAUUCGUUGAAUGGCCCCUCGAUUGUUCAUCGGCCAGGACCGAAGAAAUCGUCCGCCUCGCACGGGCACAAGACCUCCGCACGGUUGUGGGCUUGCAAGGUCGCUUCUCGGCAAUCACGCAGCGGGUAUCUCAGCUCGUGCGCAGCGGUCGAUUGGGCAAGAUUCUCAGCACGACGGUCAUCGGCACGGUGCCCACAGGGGACGGGAAGUCUGAAAAGCGCGGUUCCCAGUACGCUCUUGACCCGGCCAAUGGGGCGACCAUGGUGGACAUCCACUUCGCGCACUUCGUCGAGUGUUUUACCUUCGCCCUGGGCGCGGAUGUCGCGACUGUUUCGGGACAAGUGAGGACGAUGCACCCCACGACGAAUAUCGUGGACGAUGUCACGGGGCAGAUCGUCGAGAAAGACGCACCGAAGAAGAGCCCGGACCAAGUCCUCGUCCAGGGGACGUUGAAACCAAAAUCGAGGUCGAACGCACCGCAAGCCAACCACGGAGGAGAAGGGGAAAAAGAAGACAGCAUCGUCUACAGCAUCCACAUGCGCGGCGGCAACAGCAUCUCCGGCGGCAUGACCUGGCUGAUCUACGGCAGGGAGGGCGAGAUGGAGAUCACCAGCCCGGCCCACAUGAUUCCGCACAUCAAUCUGCCCGUGCCGUGGAAGAUCCGCAUGAAGAUCGAAAACGACGACGAAGACGGCGACAAAGGCGUUGUGAGUGAAGAAAACGUCUCGGAGCAGGAGACGGGUCAGCCCGCGGUGGCGAGGCUCUGGGACGCUUUCGUGGGUGCUCAAGAAGGCACCUGGCCGGACUUUGACCAUGCGCUGAAAAUCCACCGCGUGGUUGAUGCUGUCUGGACGAGCAGCAGGGAUGGCAAGGUCGUCGAGUUGUUAUGAUGCUCGCCCCGUGUCUCAUGUCUCCGAGAAAAAAAGGGCGAACAGAACUGACUAAGUGGAUAGGUAUCUCUUCCAAAUCAUCGUGUACUCUAGAAUUGGGUCAUUUAAGGUAUCUGUUCACCGUCUAUAAUGUAUACCCG